AUGGCGAUCACGAAGAACAUCGCUCUUAUCACAGCCAGCACCAGAACCCCCAGAGUAGGCCCAAAAAUUGCCAGCCUAGUUCACGAGAUUAUCACCGGCGAUGCAGGCGCCUCUCAAAAGACUAAAAUCACGCCUGUGGAUGUCGCAGACUUCAACCUCCCUGUCUUUGACGAAACGAUUAUGCCAGCCAUGGUCCCUCAAAAGGGUAAUUUCACUAAACCCCAUGCGAUAGCCUGGAGCAGUGAGAUUGCCAAGUACGAUGGAUACAUCUUCGUCAUUCCCGAGUACAACCACGGUCUCGCCGGCGGUACUAAGAACGCCAUUGAUUACCUGUACAACGAGUGGAUUGGUAAAGGUGUUGUGGUUAUCAGCUAUGGUAUCUUUGGAGGCAAAGGAGCGAAUGAUCAACUCAAUCAGGUACUGAAGAGCAUGAAACUUCAAGUGACUGAGACUAGUCCGGCUCUUGUUUUCCAUGACAAUGUCGGCCCGGACUUGUGGUUGGCAGGUGCGGGAGAUCUUGGCGAGGACACGAGAAAGGACAUCAUUGCCCAGAGUCCAGAGAUCCUUAAAGCCUUUGCUGAAUUGAAGGAUUUGAUGGAAAAGCAGUCGCCCAAAGAGCUUUAA